CCCUUACCCCCCCCAACCCGAAAUUCGGGUCUUCGGGUUGGGUUGGGGUGGUCUGGUAGGUAGUCACAGACUGCACACCGCUGGGCCCACAUGCCGCCAGAGUGGCUGCCAGCCAUCGUGCAGUUCAUGCAGGGUCAGGGCUUGCUGCUCGGCCACGAGCGGCACAUGAGCCACCACGAGGACCUCGAGCACCAGUUCACGAUCCUCUCGGGCCACGCCGACGCGAUCAUGGACCGCGCCUGCCGCCUCGUGCCGCCUGUGCGCUACGACGUCUGGUUCCUGAUCGGGGUCCUGUGGUUCCUGCUGCCCAUCUUGCCCACCACAUCUUCGCCGACGUGGCGCUCCAGGGGAGCGGUGCGCGCCAGCCCGGCGCGAGCGCCCGCGAGCGGCUUGGGCGAGAGGGCGCCGGGCCCGGGUGCGCGUGGCUCGCCGCGCGGGCGGCGCACCUGAAGGUGUGACGCGGCGCGCCCCCGCGCGCCCCGCGGUCUGGGGGUGGGGGGGGGGUUCGUGGCCGCCGCGUCGGCGUGCCGCCGCCUCCCGCGGGGAGUGCCCGAGUCCCGUGCGCAUCUCGGCCUCUCCCACAUGGGCCUCCCACAUGGGGGGGCCGGCUGCUCGUGCGCACCCUUGCCCCUUCCUACUGCUGAGCUCUGCGUCCUCACCGCUGUUUCCCUGGGGCAGCGACGUCUGGAGUCUCUGCCUGAGGCCUGCUGGCCUAUCUGUGAUGGUUCGGGCUGACCGCGGC